UCAGCUGACACAGCUGAGUUGCUGGCUGUUGUUUUUUUUUUGAGGUUGUUAGUUUCGUAAAAAAGUUAUAAAUAUCUUUCAAAAUAAACGCGUCCAAUAAUUAAUCACCGUUAUUCAAUAAUUAAUCAAAGCGAGUAUUUCCUGAUCAUCAAAUUAGAGAAAUUCAUAAAAAAUUCCCAUUUUCUAUAAAAUUUGGGGUGUUUUUCAAGAACAUAUUGAAAAUGGGAAAAGUUGUGCGUGCAGUUCCUCGUUGUGGAUGUGAUCGAAAUUCGGAUCUAAUGAAGAGAAAAAGUAGAGGACUGCGGUAGCUCACACGUUUUUCCAUUCCAAAGGGAUCAGACAAACAAGCAAAUUAAUCGUCACCAAAAGCAACAGACGGAACCAGAAAUCAAAUUCACAAUAGCCAUGCUCAGAAAGGCCAGUUGAGCGCAGUUUUUUUGCCAGAUUCUUAGGCAUGGUCUCAGUCAUCCUCUGAGCAUUCACAUUUAUCGAUCGUUGUACCUUUAAGGUGUAACUUGAAUUGGAAGUGGCUCUGGACCUUUCUAUAUCCGAACGUGUAUAAAGAUGGACAAAGAUAAUCUUUCGUCAAAGAUAUUUGUGCUUGCCUCGAAACUUUAGAAGAUCGUUUGAUCUGUACAGGAUUGGAAUGGACAUUGAAAGCCAUCAUAGCCGUUGCAUGGAAAUUUGAGAUGACAAAGAAUCUUGCGCGCAUCAGCAAUGUUAUCCCAGAUGCCUGCUCUGUUCAAAGCUGCAAAAAUACGUUGUUCAACUCGGAGACGUUGGCUGCAAUCGUCGAAAAUAAAUACCGCAGGCAACAAAAGACGAGCGAACGUCCAAGUCGACGGGUGGAAUGAAGGAAAAUAUUGACAAAUCGUAACGCAGCAAUGUGACUUCUAGCUCGACCAAGGACUCGGAGGCAGAACGGUGUAGCGUGUUUGUUCGGAACGCUUUCCUUCAGGGUCGGAUAAUAAUUCAUAGCAAAUUGUGAAAGGAUCGAUCUCCAGAAGAGUGUAACGAGUAUUUCUCGCUCGAUUAAUAUUGAUUGGGGCUGUCGACAUCGUCAUGACAACUCGAAUCGAUAACAAGCGAUCAGGGAGGUAGAUACGACACGAAAGUGAUAAUGAGAAGCGUUUAAUGGAAUGAAGGAGUUAAUGCGAUGAGGACGAGUCGCCAGGGCGGAAUCAGUCUGCAUUAAAGCGAGCACGAGCCCGUAGGAAAAGUCGAGUCGAAGACAGCAUCGAAGAGUCUCGAGCAUGGGAGUCUCCGGGGCCUUUGGCGGGGCCGUGAAACCCCUCAAAAAAUGGCGUUUGUUCAAAGCAACCGAUUACGUAUCGCUCAUGUACCCCUGCUUCGAACUUCUACGAAUUUACGGUUUUUUUCCGUACAAAAUAACGUCAGGAUCGACCAUGGUUUCGUCGAAGCUCGGCUACAUAUAUUCGACCCUAUUAACCGGCUUGAACUUCGGUCUCAUGUGUUUCCUGCUCUACCAAAUGGACGUUUCUCACAAGCUCCAGUACGCCUCGGUUCCUGGUUACCUCCAAGGCAACUGCUACGUCGUUCUCGGCUGCUCGAUCGCCUUCGUUUCCUACGUUUACAGCUCCAAACGAAUGCGUUUGCUCUGCGACCUCGCUGAGCUUUCCGCCCGCUUGCCAAGCUCCUCCUUCACUCAAGUCACCAAAAUCGUCCACGCCAAAGACAUCCUCGGAUUCUUUUUCCUCGUCGCACAAUACGGAAAUAUUUAUUCGGAGGAAGCCACUGUGAUCGUUUCGAAAAUUUUGGCCAUGUACAUCACCGUCGUCGUCUACCUGGUCGACACCCUCUACGUCGAUUCCGUCAUCGUUUUGCGCGUCUGCUUCGAACGAGUAAACGACAAUCUCAUCGCACUCAAAGACAGCAUCUGCACCGAAGACCCUCAUCUCCUUCGCAGGGUUUAUCACAAGCAGAAGAACCCUCUUUUGUUACUCGAAAUUCGAGCGAUGAAGAAACAGCACAAUGACAUUAGCGAAGUCGUCCAACGACUCAACUCCACGUUCAGCCUCCAAAUCGUCGCUACCGUCACUCUCACCUUCGCUGAAAUCACGUUUUCCCUCUAUUUUUACAUACUUCAAACCGUUGGAUUUCAAUCCAUUGACCUUAAAACUCAAAUUUGGUUUUGCUACUUCAUCACUUCGGUUACUUACUACUCCGUCAAAAUGGCCUCUAUCGUCUGGGCUUGCGAGACUGCCAAGGCCCAGGCCAUCAAAACUGGAAUCAUCGUUCACGAAGCUCUCAUUGGCACUACUGACAAACAGGUCAAGGAAGAGCUUCAAUUGUUCUCUCUUCAACUUCUCCAUCGUGACAAUAGUUUCCAGGCAAAGGGCUUGUCGUUGGACGCCACUUUGAUAACUGCGAUUGUUGGAGGAAUCGCCACGUAUCUCCUAAUCUUAAUUCAAUUCCUCGUUGCUGGCAAGACCUCCAAUCCGGACUCUCAAACUACUCCAAUCCCGAUCAUGACGUCGACUCCUGGCGAUUGAGAACGAGAAUCGUGUCGUUUUUCUCCAGUCCUGGAAUUGCAAUAUUUUUUUAAGGUCUUUGUUGUUUUUCAGGGUCGAUCUUUCGAGAGCUAAUGGGAGGUUUCUUAUAAAAAUACACUAAUCAAUAAAAUUGUUGUUAUAUUUUCUGGUUUAUUAAAUAAAUGAAUAAGUUAAAA